AAUCUGUAAUAUUACUAUUCUUGAAAAAAAAUUCAAUCAUUUGUAAAUUAAUUAGGUGGCCAUAUUCCUAAUUAGUGUUUUUAGUUUGUAUUCAGCUGAGUUUGUUUGAAUUGGGCAAUUCAAAUCUUGUUUUUUUUUUCUACUACAGUUUUAUGUGGAUAGUGUUUUGGAGUUUUGGUUAAAGAGUUUAAUUGCUUGAGUUUUAUUAUAACAGUGAAAGGUAUAAAAAGGAAAUAAAUAGAGUACUCACAAAAACAAAAACAAAAACAAAAAAAGAGUACCCGGUAGCCUUUAACUCAAUUGGCGGCUGAAUUUUAGGCCUCCAACCAAAUAGGGCAUAUAUUUUCUUGAGAUAAAACGCUGCAGAGAACACAAAGAGAGCAAAGUUGCAGGGGAGAGAAGACUGAUGAACGCCACCGCACCCACAAAAAUAGCCCAAACUCUCCCUUACUUCACCUCUCUAUUUCACCCUUCUCGAGCUGAAGGGGUGGAAAAGAUUGGAUUUUUGAACUUGUGGACAAGAAGUAGGAGGGGUUUUAGUGUGAAGAAAAUGGCUUGGAGUUUGGAGAAAAGUGAUGGCAAUGUGGAUACUAAGGUAGUUUCUGUGAGUCCUGCUACAGAAGAUUAUGCCAAAGAAGCAAUUGAAGCUAUCAAAGCUGGAAAAGUUAUAGCUGUGCCCACUGAUACAUUAUAUGGUUUUGCUUGUGAUGCUUGUUCUGCUGAGGCAGUGAAUCGUAUUUAUGAGAUCAAAGGACGUAAGCAUACAAGUCCUCUGGCGAUUUGUGUUGGCGAUAUUCAUGAUAUACAACGUUACGCUAUGACAGAUCAUCUGCCUCAUGGCUUGCUUGACUGCCUGCUUCCAGGACCUGUAACUGUGGUCUUAAGGCGAGGUGAGUCAAGUAUCCUUGAGAAGUCAUUAAACCCUGGAUUAGAGAGCAUAGGCGUCCGAGUGCCUGACUAUAACUUCAUCAGGGUAAUCGCCCGUGGUUCUAGAAGUGCCCUUGCACUUACUAGCGCUAACCUCAGUGGACAACCCAGUAGCAUAAACAUCAAAGAUUUUGAGAACCUUUGGGAGCAUUGUGCAUAUGUCUAUGAUGGCGGAAUUCUUCCGGCUGGGCGAGCAGGAUCAACAGUGGUGGAUCUUACCAAGUUGGGAAAGUACAAGAUUCUAAGACCUGGGAG